AUAAAAUUGUUCGUUGCUUUAAGGUGACGAGCAAUUCGAAUGCUUUGAUGAUGCAGUGGGGCCAAUUUCUGGGCCACGACAUGGCUAAGACAACUGCUCUGAACAACCAGGAAUGCGCAUCAUGCGCCUCGAAUCCUAAAUGCGCCAAUUGCUUACCGGUUGCUCGGUCAACGCCACUUUGCGGCUCUGGACACAGCGCACCACGAGAACAGUACAACGAAAAUACCGCAUACAUCGACGGUUCAACAAUAUAUGGUUCAUCAGAUCUGGAUCAGUUUCUGUUCCGACAGGGAGCAUUCAUGAAAACGAAUGUUAUUCGAAGUCGAGUAUUCCCACCGAUUGAUAGCAAUCAAAACAUUAUUACCGGCGAUGAUCGAGCAAAUAUUUUUAUCGGACUUGCUUCACUUCAUGUAUUAUUUGUUCGGGAGCAUAAUAGGUACAGUAACUUUGCUGCUCGCCACUGAUG